UCCUUCCUAUCCCUCCUCUAGGAGAUCAAAAAGCAGGAUGGAUAAAGUCAAGAAGGAACUGACAGAGUCAUUGGGAAGGAGUCCCUAUCCCCCUUACUCCAGUAGCCAGGGUUCAGAGAGCCUUCCGGGAACCAGCAAAACCACGUCGGGCAGUAAGAAGUACCCACCGAUAAAAGAAAGGGGAUUUUACUCAGAUGUCCUUACACCAGGAGCUUUAGAUCUCUUGGGGGAUGUGAGUGCAGGUCCUAAUGUAUACAGGGAUUUACUGAAACAGUCAGAGCAUGAGGAUCACACGCCAAAAGUCACAACAUUUGAAACUCCUGAGAAUAUUGGGUCUAUUUUGAAUGCCCAACAAAUUGGACCAACUACAGAAAUAAUCAAAGAGACGGACUUUCCAUUGCAAUCAUAUAAGCCAAAAGUACAAGUUCCCUUUGAGGUGGUUCCAGGGCAGUGCCCUCGGAAGAUAGCGAUUGAGAGGUUGAGACGAUUAUAUCUCAGCCUGGAUAUCACUCAGCUAUUAAAAAUGGCAGGGAUAGAUUCUAAUGAAUUGAUGCCAAGACACCAGGACCCUAGCAAUAUGCCAACUAUUGAGCAGAAGAAGGACCCUCUUUUCCCUGUCUAUCUUCCAUUACAGAUUUUUGAUAACGAAGAGUAUGAUUGCCGGACUCCAGAAGAGUGGCUUUUGAUGGGUGUGGAACCUGAAUCUGAAGACCGGAAACCUAUCCCAGGAAAAGCACUCCUGCCUACAGAUGAUGAGCUUGGGCAUGAAGAUCCAAAAAGUCGCAAACUGAUCUAUAAGUGGAUAGACGUUGGUGUUCUGGAUUAUGAUGAAGAGACAAAAUUUUACUUGGUUCAUAAGACAAACAGCCUGGGACUAGUCCGGGACGCACAAGGGAGACGCAUAGUUAAUGGAGGAAUGACUGAAGAAGGGAGAGCCCCACUAAUGCCCUGUCAGUAUUGGGUGCCCCGUGUCCGUUUGCUUUUUCUUGCUGAGGACCCCCGGGUUCUUGCCGAGCGAGUGAUUUCUGCCAAUGACUUGAGGAAGAAAACACAGGCACUGUUGUUGUAUAACCUGUACGUUGACUGCAUGCCUCUGGACGGAAUGCAAAACAUUGAAGAAAAGAGUUUGCAGCGGAUGAAGCAGAUGGCAAUGGAAACUUCACGUCUGAGGAAAGGGAGUAUCAUCUUAGAGCGGCUGCAGCUCCUGGGGAAAGAAGUGUCCCUAGACUUUGAGCGAACCAUGAACAAGAUUAACUUUGACAGAAUUGUCACUUCCAAGCCUCAGACGUUCUAUUAUGUCACUCUGCCUGAGAAAGAGGAAGAGAAGGUGCCACAGAAAGGUCGCAUUGAUGUUCCUGAGUACCCAUUUAAUGAGCAAAAAGAAGCUUUUAGCUUUAUCUCCCUCCUGACACGCCCAGAAGUCAUCAUGGCUUUGUGCCAGGUCCGGGAUGAGUGCAAUAAAACUGCAGCUAUGUCACUGUUCCAUUCAACCCUGACUAAGUACGGCCGACUAGAGGAGUUUGAGCAGAUCCAGAAACAGACCUUUUCACAGGUUUCAAUGUUCCUUAAGGAUACUUGGAUCAAUACUCUAAAGAUAGCCGUGAGAAGCAGUUUGAGGGACAUAGGCAAAGGCUGGUACAACUUGUAUGAGACUAAAUGGGAAGUAUACCGGAUGUCCAAGCUUCGUCAGCUGAUGGAGCUCAUCAAGUUUAUGUUGCAGGACUCUGUACGUUAUCUGAUUCAGGAUUCACUGGUAAACUUCACUCAGCUCUUUUUGGAUUCCUGCCACAGUGUCCUGAAUUGCCCUGAAGAUAUGGUGUGGGGAGAUGACCUUGUUAACAGCCCAUACAAGCCACGGAAAAAUCCUCUGUUUAUAAUUGAUCUGGCUCUGGAUGCUUUGGGUGUUCGUUUCAGCACACCCCUGGAGAAUUUUGAGACAACAGUUGUUUCUCUGUUUGAUAAAGGGAUCUGGGCUACCCACACCAUACCACAACUGGAGAAACACGUGCUUGAAAACAUGUUCAUCUGUGGCACACCAUUGCUGGAGUCAGUGGGUCUGUAUGAGCCACCUGUGAUUGAACUGCGCAAAACCAUCAUCAUAUGUAUCCGCAAAGCCCUGAUCCCCCUACAAGCUUAUGCCAAGAAUUAUGAAAAGUACUUGGAACUGAAUAACCGUGAUAUCAACAGCCUCCUAAAACCAUAUCUGCAGCAGUGCCCUCCUGCUCAAGAGGUGAGAGAGAUCGUUAACAAGUAUAUGGCAGAAAAGGAGCUGCUGGACAACAGCUUGCCCGGUAGCAUGGUGAUUGGCCCCUUUCAUCUCAGUGUUGAAGGCGUACGGCAAAACCUUUCCAAGAAAUGCAAAGCGUUGGCCACCACUAUGCUGGAUAUAUUGGCUAAGAAUUUACAUGAGCAAGUGGAAGAUAUCUGUGAAGCUUUCAAAGCCAUCAGCCGAAAAAUUUAUGAAAAACCAAACAGCAUUGAGGAGCUGGCUGAGCUGCGGGAGUGGAUGAAAGGAAUCCCCGAGAAGCAGAAAGUGCAGGAGGAAUUGAUAAGUAAGGUCAUGGAAGAAUACGAAGUCAUGGAGGAUUUCCUCUACAAUUUGACUCAAGAUGACUUCAAUGACAAGUGGGCUGCAAGCGGCUGGCCUCUGAAGAUCACCAAUCAGAUUGAACUGAUAAGGCAGCAGCACAUUGAAGAUGAAGAAAGAUUCCGUAAAAUUCAGCUCAUGGAUCAAACCAACUUCUUGGAACGGCUGGAUGGUCUUCAGAUUGCUGUGGCAGGGUUUUCUGCACACAGUGAUAUAAACCGGGCACAUGAGAUAGCCAAUGAAGCAAGAAGAAUCAAGAAGCAUUUGAAGGACUCCCAGCAAUUGGCAUUGCUGUACAACAACAGGGAACGGAUUUUUGGUGUGCCGGUGACUAAUUAUGAUAAGCUGUCCAGGAUGGUUAAGGACUUUCAGCCCUUCUAUGAUCUCUGGACUACAGCAUCAGACUGGCUUCGCUGGGCUGACAGCUGGAUGAAUGAUCCUCUGUCUGCAAUUGAUGCAGAACAGCUGGAGAAGAAUGUCAACGAGGCCUUUAAGACAAUGCACAAGUGUGUGAAACAGUUCAAGGAUAUUCCAGCAUGCCAGGACGUUGCAGUGGAAAUCCGUGGCAAGAUUGAGGAAUUCAGACCAUACAUACCCCUGAUUCAAGGUCUACGCAAUCCUGGUAUGCGCAACCGUCAUUGGGAGAUGCUUUCUGAAGAGAUCAAAAUCAAUGUGAGGCCCAAGGCCAAUUUGACGUUUGCACGCUGUCUGGAGAUGAAGCUUCAGGAUCACAUCGAGAUCAUAGCCAAAAUAGCUGAGAUUGCAGGGAAGGAAUACUCAAUUGAGCAUGCCUUGGAUAAGAUGGAGCAUGAAUGGGAAUACAUCCUCUUCAAUGUAGUUCCCUACAAAGAAACAGAAACAUUUAUUCUGAAGAGUCCUGAUGAAGCUUCUCAGCUGCUGGAUGACCACAUUGUUAUGACUCAAAGCAUGUCCUUCUCGCCAUUCAAGAAGCCAUUUGAGGAAAGAAUCAACACUUGGGAAAAUAAGCUAAAGAUGACACAGGAUGUCUUGGAAGAAUGGCUGACAUGCCAGCGUUCCUGGUUGUAUUUGGAGCCCAUUUUCAGCUCAGAAGACAUCAACAGACAAUUGCCAGUGGAAAGCAAGCGCUACCAAACUAUGGAGAGGUCAUGGAAAAAAAUCAUGAAAAAUGCUGACGAGAACAGAGAGGUGAUUAAUGUGUGCCCUGAUCCCAGGCUGCUGGAAAAGCUGCGGGAAUGUAAUAAGCUACUUGACCUGGUACAGAAAGGCCUGAGUGAAUACUUGGAGACUAAGAGAGGAGCUUUCCCAAGAUUUUACUUCCUUUCUGAUGAUGAGCUGUUAGAAAUACUAUCUCAGACCAAAGACCCCACAGCUGUGCAGCCUCAUCUCCGCAAGUGUUUUGAGAAUAUUGCUCGGCUGCACUUUCAGGAAGAUCUCCAAAUUACACACAUGUAUUCUGCAGAAGGGGAAGAAGUAAAACUUUUCUCUUCCAUUUAUCCUACUGGCAAUGUGGAAGACUGGUUGCUAGAAGUUGAGAGGAUCAUGAGGGCCAGUGUGCGGGACAACAUUGAAAGGUCUAUCAAGGUUUAUCCAAAGACACCACGGACUACAUGGGUCUUAGAUUGGCCAGGCCAGGUGACCAUUGCUGGAUGUCAGACGUUCUGGACAAAAGAAGUGUCAGAGGCCCUGGAAGCUGGAGAUUUGGCCACCAGGUUGUUUCCACAGCUAAGUGCUCAGCUGAGCGACCUAGUAGCACUUGUGCGAGGGAAGCUGUCUCGGAUGCAGCGGGGAGUGUUAUCAGCUCUCAUUGUGAUUGAAGUUCAUGCCAAGGAUGUGGCAGCUAAACUUGUUGAGGAGAAUGUCAGCAGUGAGAAUGAUUUCGAGUGGAUUUCCCAGCUCAGGUACUACUGGACAAGAGAUGAUUUGUAUAUCCGGGCAGUGAAUGCUGAAUUUAUCUACGGCUAUGAAUACUUGGGCAACAGUGGGCGCCUGGUGAUUACCCCUCUCACUGACAGAUGCUACUUGACACUUACUGGAGCACUGCACUUGAAAUUCGGGGGCGCUCCUGCAGGACCAGCUGGAACAGGCAAAACAGAGACGACUAAAGAUCUGGGGAAAGCUUUAGCUAUCCAGACGGUUGUGUUUAAUUGCUCUGAUCAGCUUGAUUUCAUGGCAAUGGGGAAAUUCCUGAAAGGACUAGCCAGUUCUGGAGCCUGGGCUUGCUUCGAUGAGUUCAACCGCAUUGACAUUGAAGUGUUGUCUGUAGUUGCCCAGCAAAUCACAACAAUUCAGAAAGCUCAACAGCAGAGGGUGGAUCGCUUCAUGUUUGAAGGAGCUGAAAUUGCACUGGUUCCAUCUUGUGCAGUCUUCAUCACAAUGAACCCUGGCUAUGCCGGACGCACAGAGCUACCAGAUAACUUAAAGGCUCUCUUUCGUCCUGUGGCUAUGAUGGUUCCAGAUUACUCUAUGAUUGCUGAGAUUUCUCUGUAUUCAUUUGGCUUCAAUGAAGCCAAAGUUCUGGCAAAGAAGAUCACCACCACCUUUAAAUUGUCUUCUGAACAACUCAGUUCCCAGGAUCACUAUGACUUUGGAAUGAGAGCUGUGAAGACAGUCAUUUCAGCUGCUGGCAAUCUCAAAAGAGAAAAUCCAACAAUGGACGAGGAACUGAUUUGCCUAAGGGCCAUCAAAGAUGUCAAUGUUCCUAAAUUCCUGCAGGAUGACCUGAAGCUUUUCAAUGGUAUAAUUUCUGAUCUGUUUCCCAAGAUCAAAGAGGAACCUAUUGACUAUGGCAUCCUGGAGGAAGCAAUUCACAGAUACUGUCUUAAAGACAACUUGAAAGAUGUUGAUGGGUUUGUGAUGAAGUGCAUCCAGCUAUAUGAAACUACUGUGGUACGUCAUGGUCUCAUGCUGGUAGGGCCCACAGGCUCAGGAAAAACUAAGUGUUACAAAGUUUUGGCAGCUGCAAUGACAUCUCUGAAAGGUCGGCCUUCAGUCAGUGGUGGAAACUAUGAAGCCGUCAAUUAUUUUAUAUUGAAUCCCAAAUCUAUUACAAUGGGCCAGCUGUAUGGAGAAUUUGACUUGUUGACUCAUGAAUGGACAGAUGGGAUUCUUCCUGCUCUUAUCCGAGUGGGAGCCAUAGCUACUGAUCAAAAAAAGAAAUGGUACAUGUUUGAUGGUCCAGUUGAUGCUGUUUGGAUUGAAAAUAUGAACACUGUGCUGGAUGAUAACAAGAAGUUGUGUCUUAGCUCUGGUGAAAUCAUUAAGCUAACAGAGGCAAUGACUAUGAUGUUUGAAGUGCAAGAUUUAGCUGUUGCUUCCCCUGCCACUGUUUCCCGAUGUGGCAUGGUAUACCUGGAACCCAGCAUUUUGGGAUUACAGCCCUUCACUGAGUGCUGGCUGAAGAGAAUCCCAGACAUUAUGAAGCCAUUCACUGGAGCCCUUGACUCGCUUUUCAGCAGAUUCCUAGAGGACUCUAUUACAUUUGUCCGAAGUUCAGUGAAGGAAAUAAUUGCCUCUACAGAUGCUAACCUGACGAUGAGUCUUCUCAAGUUGUUGGACUGUUUCUUUCAACCCUUCAUUCCCAUUGAGGGAAUGAAAAGAAUCCCUGCAGAGAAAACAGCCCGUAUUGGUGAACUGAUUGAACCGUGGUUCAUAUUUGCUUUGCUCUGGAGUGUGGGUGCGACUGGGGAUGCCCAAAGCCGUGUGGCCUUCAGUGUCUGGUUAAGGAACAAGAUGGCAGACGAGAAGAUUGAAUUAUUGUUCCCAGAAAACGGUUUGGUCUAUGACUAUAAACUGAACGAUGCUGGAAUUAGCAGCACUGAGGAAGAAGAAGAUGAAGAGUUUGUUAACAUGGUGUGCUGGGAGAACUGGAUGGAUUUCUCUUCAUCAUUUACCAUGGUGCCUGAUACCAGCUUUUGUGACAUUAUUGUUCCCACAAUGAACACUGUCCAGAUGGCUUUUCUGCUGGAGCUCUUGCUCACAAACCACAAACCAGUUCUUUGUAUUGGACCCACAGGAACUGGAAAGACCCUCACAAUAGCAGAUGAGCUUCUGAAGAACCUGCCACUAGAAUUUAUCAGCCAUUUUCUUAUGUUCUCUGCUCGAACCUCAGCCAACCAAACUCAAGAUCUCAUUGACAGCAAACUGGAUAAAAGGCGCAAGGGAGUUUUUGGCCCUCCACUUGGCAGAUACUUCAUAUUUUUCAUUGAUGACCUGAACAUGCCCGCACUAGAGACCUAUGGUGCCCAGCCACCUAUUGAGCUUCUUCGGCAAUGGAUGGAUCAUAAUGGCUGGUACGAUAGGAAACAAAUUGGUACCUUUAAGAAAUUGGUAGAUAUUAACUUUGUUGGUGCCAUGGGACCACCGGGUGGAGGAAGAAAUGCAGUCAGCCCACGCCUCACCCGCCAUUUCAACUAUCUAUCUUUCACUGAACUGGAGGAUAGCAGCAAGAAGAAAAUCUUUUCCACCAUUCUAGACAGUUGGAUGGCUGGACGUCUAGGAGAAGUAUGUUACAGAGAGCCAGUUCCUGGAUGCCCACAGGUGCAGGACUUAAGUCAACCCCUUGUUGAUGCAACUAUACAAGUGUAUUCCACUAUCACAUCCCAACUCUUGCCUACUCCAGCAAAAUCUCACUAUACGUUUAAUUUGAGGGAUCUCUCCAAGGUUUUCCAGGGCAUGCUCAUGGCAGAACCUGCCAAAAUUAUGAAUAAAGCGGACCUGCUGAGGCUGUGGUAUCAUGAGAGUUGCCGUGUGUUUCGUGACCGUCUGGUUAAUGAGGAGGACCGGACUUGGUUUGAUGACUUGAUGAAGAGCGUGAUGUCUGAAUGGGAUACCACCUUUGAGGAAGUUGUUCCUUAUGAGCCCCUUCUCUAUGGGGAUUUCAUGUUCCCAGGUUCUGAUGUGAAGCUUUAUGAAUUAAUUGCCGAAAGAGAGAAGCUUAUGCACGUGAUUGAGGAGUACAUGGAGGAAUACAAUCAGAUCAAUACUACCAAGAUGAAGCUAGUUCUUUUCAUGGACGCUAUGCAACACAUUUGCCGAAUCACCCGUAUUCUGCGCCAGGCACUGGGCAAUGCUCUUCUCUUGGGUGUUGGUGGCAGUGGAAGGCAGUCUCUCACCAAAUUAGCAUCUCACAUAGCUGAUUAUGAAUGUUUUCAGAUAGAACUUUCCAAGAACUAUGGGAUAUCUGACUGGAGAGAAGACCUCAAAAAGAUCAUGCUGAAGGCUGGUCUGCAAAACCUAUCCAUUACCUUUCUGUUUACAGAUACGCAGAUUAAAAGUGAGUCAUUUCUUGAGGAUAUCAACAACCUGCUGAAUUCAGGAGACAUACCCAACCUAUAUGCCCUGGAUGAACAGGACCAGAUUAUGACCACUAUGAAACCGUUAGUACAGGACCAGGGGCUUCAGCCUACCAAGGCCAACCUGAUGGCUGCAUACACAGGGAGAGUACGCAGCAAUAUCCACACAGUCCUCUGCAUGAGUCCUAUUGGAGAGGUAUUCCGAGCUCGGCUCAGACAGUUCCCAUCUCUGGUGAACUGCUGUACCAUUGACUGGUUUAAUGAGUGGCCUGCAGAAGCCCUGGAGUCUGUUGCUGCUUCCUUUUUCAAUGAGAUCCCAGAUGCUGAUGCCACCCCUGAAAUUAUACAGGGAAUGAUAGAGAUGUGUGUAGAAAUCCAUCAGAGCGUAGCACUUAAGUGCAAGGUGUAUCUGGCAGAAUUGGCAAGGCAUAAUUAUGUCACUCCCAAAAGCUACCUGGAGCUGCUCGGCAUCUUCACCACCUUGAUAGGUGCAAAAAAACAGGAGCUCAAAGUUGCCAAAACCAGGAUGAAGAGUGGAUUGGACAAGCUUUUGCGAACUGCAGAAGAUGUAGCAAAAAUGCAGGAAGAGCUAGAAUUAGCACGCCCUCUGCUGGCUGAGGCUGCCCAAGACACACUGGUAACCAUGGAACAGAUACAGGUAGACACGGCUGUAGCAGAAGAAACACGGAAUGCUGUGCAGGCAGAGGAAAUGAAAGCCAAAGUCAAAGCUCAGACCGCUCAGGCUAUUGCUGAUGACGCACAGAAGGACCUGGCAGAAGCCCUGCCUGCCCUGGAUGCUGCCCUUGCCAGCUUGAGGAACCUCAACAAAAAUGAUGUUACAGAGGUGCGAGCGAUGCAGCGUCCUCCACUUGGAGUGAAGAUGGUGAUUGAAGCUGUCUGCAUUAUGAAGGGUAUCAAGCCCAAGAAAGUGGCAGGAGAGAAACUAGGUUCCAAGGUAGAUGACUAUUGGGAACCUGGCAAAGUCCUUCUUCAGGACCCAGGGAAAUUUCUUGAAAGCUUGUUUAAAUAUGAUAAGGAUAACAUUGCAGAUUCAGUAAUUAAGUUAAUCCAGCCAUAUAUCGACAGUGAAGAAUUUCAGCCAGCAGCCAUAGCCAAAGUGUCCAAAGCCUGCACAUCUAUCUGCCAGUGGGUCAGGGCCAUGCAUAAGUAUCACUUCGUGGCAAAAGCUGUGGAGCCGAAACGACAAGCCUUGAGGGAGGCUGAAGAAGACCUCCAGGCCACACAGAAGAUUCUGGAUGAGGCCAAGGACCGUCUUCGAGAAGUGGAAGAUGGCAUUGCCAACCUGCAGGCCAAAUACCAAGGUACUCUGGCCACAAAAGAGGAACUCGAGAUGAAGUGUGAGCAGUGUGAGCAGAGACUGGGUCGGGCUGACAAGUUGAUUAAUGGCCUGGCUGAUGAAAGGAUACGCUGGCAGGAAACAGUCCAGAACCUGGAUUAUAUGAUUAACAACAUUGCCGGGGAUGUGUUGGCUUCAGCUGGCUUUAUAGCAUACAUGGGCCCUUUUACAGGUCAUUACCGCAAUUCACUUUAUGAUGAAUGGAUAAGUAAGCUUGAGACGUAUAAUGUUCCACACACAAAAGAACCAAAUAUGAUAAGCACACUUGGAGACCCAGUGAAAAUACGAUCGUGGCAGAUUGCAGGUCUACCCAAUGAUACCUUGUCUGUGGAGAAUGGAGUGAUAACCCAGUUCUCUCAGCGCUGGACUCUCUUCAUAGAUCCCCAGGGACAAGCCAACAAAUGGAUAAAAAACUUGGAGAGAGAUAGUGGGUUAGAUACAUCUAAGCUCAGUGAUCGGGACUUCCUGCGCAGCUUGGAGAAUGCCAUUCGUUUUGGAAAGCCGUUCCUACUGGAGAAUGUUGGUGAAGAACUGGAUCCGGCCCUUGAACCUGUCCUGCUAAAACAGACCUUUAAGCAGCAAGGUAGCACUGUGUUGAAGCUGGGAGACACAAUCAUUCCAUACCAUGAGGACUUCAAGAUGUACAUCACCACCAACCUACCUAAUCCCCACUACACACCAGAGCUGUCCACCAAGCUUACGCUGAUUAACUUCACCCUCUCCCCCAGUGGCUUGGAGGAUCAGCUGCUAGGCCAGGUGGUAGCUGAAGAGCGGCCUGACUUGGAAGAGGCCAAAAACCAGUUGAUCGUCAGUAAUGCCAAGAUGCGACAGGAGCUGAAGGAGAUAGAAGAUCAGAUCUUGUAUCGCUUGAGCUCUUCUGAGGGGAACCCUGUUGAUGAUCUGGAGCUUAUCAAAGUGUUGGAGGCAUCCAAGCUAAAAGCAGGGGAGAUUCAGGCCAAGGUGAAGAUAGCUGAACAGACAGAGAAGGAUAUUGACAUCACCCGGCUGGAGUAUGUGCCUGUUGCUGUCCGCACCCAGAUCCUCUUCUUCUGUGUCUCAGACUUGGCCAAUGUCGAUCCAAUGUACCAGUAUUCAUUGGAAUGGUUCCUCAACAUAUUUCUGACAGGAAUUGCAAAUGCUGAGAGAGCAGACACCCUAAAGAAGCGAAUAGCAAAUAUCAAUAAGUACCUCACCUUCAGCCUCUACAGCAAUGUGUGUCGGAGCCUCUUUGAGAAGCACAAGCUCAUGUUUGCGUUUCUGGUCUGCAUCCGGAUCAUGAUGAAUGAAGGCAAAAUAGACAUGGAUGAAUGGCGAUACCUAAUUUCAGGUGGUGCAGUUAAGACCAUGCGGGAUAAUCCAGCUCCUGCAUGGUUAUAUGAAAGAGCAUGGAAUGAUAUCUUGGCCUUGACCAACCUACACAAUUUUUCCAGCUUUGCAGAUGAUUUUGUGGCAAAUCUGAAUGGUUUCCGAGCAAUAUUUGACAGCGCAGAACCUCACAGGGAGCAACUGCCUGGCCAGUGGGACGCCAAGUUAGAUGCCUUCCAGAAGUUGCUGGUCCUCCGUUGCCUGCGAGGGGACAAAGUCACCAAUGCAAUGCAGGACUUUGUGGCUGCCAACUUGGGGCAGGCCUUCAUUGAGCCUCAGACUGCAAACCUCUCCGUGGUGUUUAAGGAAUCUGCCGCUAGUACCCCUCUUAUCUUCGUCCUCUCUCCCGGCACAGACCCAGCUGCUGAUCUCUAUAAAUUUGCUGAAGAAAUGAAGUUUUCCAAGAAACUAACUGCAAUUUCUCUUGGACAGGGACAAGGUCCCCGCGCGGAAGCCAUGAUGCGCAGUGCUAUGGAGCGUGGGAAGUGGGUCUUCUUCCAGAAUUGCCACCUGGCUCCAAGCUGGAUGCCUUCUUUGGAACGACUUAUUGAAGGCAUCAACCCUGACAAGGUGCACCGGGACUUCAGACUUUGGCUCACCAGUUUACCUAGUAACAAGUUUCCAGUGUCCAUCCUCCAGAACGGAUCUAAGAUGACCAUUGAGCCACCACGGGGAGUAAAGGCUAAUCUGCUGAAAUCUUACUUGAGCCUGAACAAUGACUUCCUGAACUCCUGUACCAAGCUUAUGGAGUUCAAAUCCUUGCUCCUCUCGCUUUGCCUCUUCCAUGGGAAUGCACUGGAAAGGAGGAAGUUUGGGCCACUGGGGUUCAACAUUCCUUAUGAGUUCACAGAUGGAGAUCUGCGCAUCUGCAUCAGCCAGCUGAAGAUGUUUCUGGAUGAAUAUGAAAACAUCCCUUACAAGGUUUUGAAGUACACAGCAGGUGAGAUUAACUACGGAGGCCGGGUGACAGAUGACUGGGACAGGCGCUGCAUCAUGAAUAUUUUGGAAGAUUUCUACAACCCAGAUGUUCUCAUUCCAGAGUUUUCAUACUCAGAAUCUGGUGUCUACAAACAGAUUAGUACCACUUAUGACCUUAAUGGAUACAUCCAGUACAUCAAGAGCCUUCCCCUCAAUGACAUGCCUGAGAUAUUUGGAUUGCAUGACAAUGCUAACAUCACCUUUGCUCAGAAUGAGACUUUUGCACUACUUGGGGCCAUUAUUCAACUUCAGCCAAAGACAUCAACGGCAGGAGGGCGGAGCAGGGAAGAGAUUGUGGAGGAGACCUCAAAAGAUAUAUUGGAGAAAGUGCCUCAGCCCAUUGACUUGCAGAGAGUAAUGUUGAGAUAUCCUGUACUGUAUGAGGAGUCCAUGAACACUGUUUUGGCGCAGGAAGUGAUCAGAUACAAUCGUCUGCUGGCAGUCAUUGCAGCGAGUUUAAAAGAUCUGCUGAAAGCUCUCAAAGGCCUAGUGGUGAUGUCAUCCCAGCUGGAACUGAUGUCCAUCAGUUUAUACAACAAUAUUGUCCCGGAGAUGUGGAAUAGUAAGGCCUAUCCCUCCUUGAAGCCCUUGGCAUCCUGGGUGAACGACCUGCUGCUGCGCAUUGACUUCUUACACAAGUGGAUUGAAAGAGGGAUCCCACCUGUGUUCUGGAUAAGCGGCUUCUUCUUCCCACAGGCUUUUCUAACAGGGACACUGCAGAACUUUGCCAGAAAGUCUGUCAUAUCCAUAGACACCAUCUCUUUUGACUUCAAGGUGAUGAGUCAGCCUGUGCAGGCACUAACUCAGCGUCCUGCUGAAGGAUGUUACAUCCAUGGCUUGUUUCUGGAAGGGGCUCGCUGGGACUCCUUGUUAUUUCAGCUUGCAGAGUCACGACCAAAGGAGCUAUACACAGAAAUGGCAGUCCUGUGGCUAGUUCCUGUGCCUAACCGCAGGUCUCCAACCAAAGGCAUCUAUCUGUGUCCCAUCUACAAGACAUUAACUCGUGCAGGGACACUGUCCACAACGGGCCAUUCUACUAACUAUGUGAUUGCUGUAGAAAUUCCAAGCAGUAAGCCUCAGAGGCACUGGAUUAAACGGGGUGUUGCCUUGAUCUGUGCCUUAGAUUUCUAAACACUGAAGGAAUAGACUUGAGCAGCUUCCUGAAGCUUCGAGGAGAAUGAAGUUAUGCAGGUGCUCUAUGCAACUAGACUUGUUUGAUGAAGCCUCCUUUGCUGAAACACAGCUGAUCAUAAGAUUGUGAUAAUGCUAUCAUUUCAUUAAUUUAAUCCUAUAACAUUAAUAAAAUCAACUUUGGUUUCA